GUGGACGUGGAUACCGACGGACGCUCUCCUCUGCCGGGGCUCUCGCGUUCCCAUCCUUUUCCUUUUGAGCGUAUUUUAAUUUAAUUUUUUUGGGGGAGGGGAGCAUUUGCUUCUCGCGUAUCCGCGGGCAGGGUAUGAUUGUUGCAUACGUUGCUUAUAUACACAUAUAUAUGCGGGUAUAUAUGUAUACAUGACAAGAUUUGGCAAAGUUUGCCAAGGUCGCCGCUUGUCCCCGCGCAGUGCCAGCACGCCCAGGUGGGUGGCUGAGGAACAGCCCGGCUCCCGGCUGGAAGCCGCCGGGUGCUCGGCACCCUUUCCCGCCGGGACACGGGAUAGGGAUGGCGCUGCGGUCCCGGGAGGGAAGGAGCUCCGUGCCGGAGCAGUGCCCUAUAUCAGCAGCGGCGGCGGGGAGCCGAGCUGAGCCCAGCCGAGCCGGGCGGCUGGACUGCCGCAGCCCCUCCGGGGGAGCGGGGAGGGUGGUCCGGGAACCUAUCCCCUCGGUAGGUCAGGUCGCGCCGCCCGAUUGUCCCGCCGCACUAAGAACGGGGUGAAAAAGGGUCGUGGGGAAUUUUUUUUGUUACUAUAAUUAUUAUGUGUAUAUAUAUAUUUUUUUUUUUUUAACUAAACCCGACUGCGCAUUUCCUUGCCGGCGCGGCGUGGCGAGCCGGGAGGGAGCGCUGCGCACCGGGGGGGCCGGUAGCUCCGCCGAAGCCGGGGAGAGCCGACCCCCAUGCUCACCCAUGCCCCUCUUCCCCUCCCUCCGCAGGCACCAGCCGCCGCGAUGCCGCUCAGCGCCGGCUUCUCCAGCAAGAACUACGACUACGAUUACGACUCUGUGCAGCCCUACUUCUACUUCGAGGAGGAGGAAGAGAACUUCUACCUGGCGGCACAGCAGCGGGGCAGCGAGCUGCAGCCCCCCGCCCCGUCCGAGGACAUCUGGAAGAAGUUUGAGCUGCUGCCCACGCCGCCCCUCUCCCCCAGCCGCCGCUCCAGCCUGGCCGCCGCCUCCUGCUUCCCCUCCACCGCUGACCAGCUGGAGAUCGUGACCGAGCUCCUCGGGGGGGACAUGGUCAACCAGAGCUUCAUCUGCGACCCGGACGACGAGACCGUCAAGUCCAUCAUCAUCCAGGACUGCAUGUGGAGCGGCUUCUCCGCCGCCGCCAAGCUGGAGAAGGUGGUCUCGGAGAAGCUGGCGUCCUACCAGGCAUCCCGCCGAGAGGGGUGCUCCGCCGCCCGCCCCGGACCGCCGCCCGCCGCUCCGCCGGCACCGCCGCCCGGCCUGGCCGCGUCUCCCGCCGCCUCCGCCAGCCUCUACCUGCACGACCUGGGCGCCGCCGCCGCCGACUGCAUCGACCCCUCGGUGGUCUUUCCGUACCCGCUGAGCGAGCGGGCCCCGCGGGCCGCGCCGCCCGGCGCCAGCCCCGCGUCCCUGCUGGGCGUCGACACGCCGCCCACGACCAGCAGCGACUCGGAAGAAGAACAAGAGGAAGAUGAGGAAAUCGAUGUUGUUACAUUAGCUGAAGCAAAUGAAUAUGAAUCCAGCACGGAGUCCAGCAGCACAGAGAUGUCAGAAGAGCACAGUAAGCCCCACCACAGCCCACUGGUUCUCAAACGGUGUCAUGUCAACAUCCAUCAGCACAAUUAUGCUGCUCCUCCCUCCACCAAAGUUGAAUACCCAGCUGCAAAAAGGCUAAGGUUGGACAGUGGCAGAGUUCUCAAACAGAUCAGCAACAACCGAAAAUGCUCCAGUCCACGCACGUCAGAUUCAGAAGAGAAUGACAAGAGGCGAACACACAAUGUCUUGGAGCGCCAGAGGAGAAAUGAGCUGAAGUUGAGUUUCUUUGCCUUGCGUGAUGAGAUACCUGAGGUGGCCAACAAUGAAAAGGCUCCCAAGGUUGUCAUCCUGAAAAAAGCAACAGAGUAUGUUCUUUCCAUCCAGUCAGAUGAACACAGACUGAUUGCAGAGAAAGAGCAGUUGAGAAGGAGGAGAGAACAGUUGAAACACAAACUUGAGCAGCUAAGGAACUGUUGUGCAUAGGAACUUUUGAGCAUCACUUAAUAAAAUGCAAACUAGACUGAAAUGAUGAUAAAAAUUUAAUGAUUCUAUUAUCUCUCAUGAACUACACAGUCCAUCAAGUAUGGAACUAUUGCAACUGCAUGCUGCGCGAUUUAACUUGAGACUACACAACCUUGGCUGGAUCUCCCAAGGGUUUGGCCAGAACCUCAAAACUGCCUCAUAAUUGAUACUUUGGACGUAAGGGAUGAUGGGACAUUCUUCAUGCUUGGGGAUGAAGUCUUCAAUUUUUUUCUUUUAAAAUUUUGUAUUUAAGGCAUUUUUUUCAUACAAGAAUCCAAAAGAAAAAAGUUGUCCCCAGUUUGCUGUAUAUAUUUACACAUCAUAUUGCCAUGUAAAUACCUUUAAUAAAGCCUUUAUAGAAAAAUGUGCAACAUUAAUACACAACAGUUGUGGCAACUGGAUUUAUACUUGUCUUGAACUUCUGUGCCAUAACAUUUCACAAUUUUGUUUUUUAUUUAAGUACUUUUUUCCUUUUAAAAAUGAUUUUUAUUUUGUUUUUAGAUAAAUAAAUAUUUGCCCAAAAUAUAAUUAGCUAAAUCCUGUGUAAAGAUUUCACUUUGUCUCCCACUAUAGUCAUUAGAUGUUUUUUUUUUCCCAUGACUUUCUUUUUUCUUUUAUCGUGGCAGUGACCUGACUGGAGUCAAAGGGGGGUGUGGGGAUGAGGGGACAUGGUGAUAAUUUUGCAGCUUUGUAGGGACUAGUUUUGUGCUCUCACUCCAUCUCUUGAUUCAAGUGGAUAAAACUGUUGGUCUACUGUGCCCUGUCAAUUCAACUUGCCUUGCCACCAGGUCCUCAAUUUGUGUGGUGGUAGCAAUGCCUGUGUUGGUCAUGGUCAUCAGCCUGCUGAAAGUGAAGCUGGAGUGGUGUAUUUUCUCACUGAUCACACCAGUUCUAUAGGCUCUGCAUUCCUUCCACA